AUGCAUUCUAAAAAAUACCAGGAGACGGUGACAUUUGGGGAGAUCGCUCCACAGUACGAGAAUAUCCGGUUCGCGAGGAAUCAAGGUCAUGGCCAGCUCGUGGCGACGAGUCGGCCGUUGUGGAACCCACGAUACUGGUCGAGAAAGAUUUGGAUAGCCAUCGUGGUGGUUGUGGCGAUUAUCGUGGCGAUUAUUAUUGCUGUUGCCGUCACCGUGACCAAGAAGAAUGCGUAUCCAGACUAUUCGGCGCUGAAAUACGACUUGCGGGAUACCUCUCACGGCUUGGUGCACUACGUCCCGCGAGCAGAUGCCGUCAACCGUAACCUCACCUACGCCACGCAGAACUCAGCCUUCCUCCGCGUCGACACCGCCGUAGGACCCGACUCCAAUCCCAACGCCUCAACCGGCCGCUUCUCCGUGCGCCUCGAAUCCAAAAAGACAUACAAUAGCGGCCUCUUCAUCUUCGACAUCAAGCACACCCCCUACGCAUGCGGCGCCUGGCCGGCGCUCUGGCUCACCGACCCGUCAAACUGGCCAGACCACGGCGAAAUCGACAUCAUGGAGGCCAUCAACCAGGGGGCCGCUGGAAAUACCAUGACACUCCACACCACCGGCGAUUGCUCCAUGGGUGUGAGGCGGAAGCAGACCGGCGAGACGGACCAGGAGAACUGCGACCAUGGCGUCAACAGUAACGCCGGCUGUGCGGUCAGGGAGAGCCCUUCGACAUUUGGACCGAAGCUCAACGAUGCCGGCGGCAGCGUCAUGGCCGUGGAAUGGAGGAGGGCCGGCAUUCGCAUGUGGCAGUUUGCCAGGAGUGCCGUCCCGAGUGACAUCGCGGGCAAGCAGCCGAAUCCUACGACUUGGGGGACUGCUGCUGCGGAUUUUCCAAGCACGGCCUGCGACAUCGGGUCGCGUUUUAAGAACAAUUCCAUCAUUGUCAACAUUGACCUGUGUGGCGAUUUGGUCUAUGGAAGCUGGGACAAGUCUGGAUGCCCUGGUACCUGUCAAGAUGUCGUUGCGAAUCAACCCGACUCGUUCAAGACGGCCUUUUGGGAGUUUGGCUCGUUCGAAGUCUACCAGUCGACGUGA